AGGAUAGAGACCAAGAAAUGUUCAGAAAACACAACUGAACACACAAAAAUCACGAAUCAUGCUUUGCAUUUCUUUCCGAACCACCGACCGCGCGCACUCUCUCCUCCCAGCAGCUCACAAAACAGCCGCUUGGAAUAAACAAGGAGCUGCUGAUCCGCUGCUCCCUGGAGAAAGAGGAGAGAUCUGAGAAAGAAAAUUGCAAUGCCCUGUUCCAUUCCACCACCACUACCCCGCCCGGCGCGCUCGGCAAUUUGUUUAAUGCUCCCCUCUGCUUCGCCGCGCUGUGCGUCACUGGAAAGAUGGCCCUGUGGCCUGUGGGGGCUCCCCACCUCCUUGCGCCAUGAAUGAUGACCCGCCUUUUCUUUCAUCUACUCUUCUUCCUCCACCAGACCACCACUUCGUGUUUCUUUGCACUCCCUUCCAUGCUCUCGUGCUGUCUUGCUCCGUUUCCAGAGGCCACCGGACGGCGGACUAGGUACUGUUGUCGGCUAGGGAGCUGCGGCGGCGGUGGUUGCCAUGUCGAAGGAGACAGAGUACUACGACGCUCUCGGUGUCUGCCCCACAGCCUCCGACGAUGAGAUCCGCAAGGCCUACUACGUCAAGGCGAGACAGGUGCAUCCUGACAAGAACCCCAAUGAUCCGCAAGCGGCCGAGAAGUUUCAGGCUCUUGGAGAGGCCUACCAGGUCCUGAGUGACCCUUUGCAGAGGAAGGCCUACGAUGGGUAUGGCAAGACUAGCAUAUCCAGGGACAACAUUCUGGAUGGUGCUGUGCUGUUCACCCUUCUGUUCGGGAGUGAGCUGUUCGAGAACUACGUUGGACAUCUUGCAAUGGCAACAAUGGCUUCCUCAGAGAUGGCCAGUGCCGACAACGACAACCCCGAGAAGCUCCAGGAUAGACUGAAGGGUGUGCAAAGGGAACGAGAAGAGAAGCUGGCUAGAUUCCUCAAGGAGUUCCUCUCGCAAUAUGUUCGGGGUGACACCGAAGGAUUCGCUCAACGUGCCGAAUCUGAGGCAAAGAGGCUCUCCAGCACUUCAUCUGCACUAGACAUUCUUCGCACCAUCGGGUACGUUUACUCUCGACAGGCUGCCAAGGAGCUAGGCAAGAAGGCCAUGUACCUGGGAGUUCCAUUCCUGACAGAGUGGGUGAGGAACAAGGGCCACCUCUGGAAGUCACAGAUCACAGCAGCGAAAGGAGCCCUGCAGUUGCUGCAGUUGCAAGAGGAGGCAUGCCGGCAGAGUGCUAAGGAUGGCGGCGCUGCUACCGAGAAGGACGUCGACUUGCAGAUGAGGAUGAACAAGGACCUGAUGAUGAGUUCAAUUUGGAAGCUGAACGUUGUGGAUAUUGAAGUGACCCUCUUACAUGUCUGCGAAAUGGUGCUGAAUGAAAAUAAUGUCAAGAAAGAGGAUCUCAAGACCCGUGCAAUUGCCUUAAAAAUCCUAGGAAAAGUAUUUCAGAGGGAAAAGGAGGCAUUACCAGGGCCAUCAAAGCCAACCAUUCUCGAUGAUGACAGCAGCUCAGAUGAAAGUUCAGACGAGGACGUAUCAAGAACAGUGACAUAUCGCACUCCUGCAAUUACUCAGGGAAUUGGCAGGCUAUUUAGAUGUUUAUGCAACCCAGCAUAUGAUGUUGAUGAUGACUUCGAGCCCCGUAAAUGAGUGAUUGAGAAGCAUAGAUACUGCAAAUCCAUUUCAAAGAUCCCUGAGUUAAUGCGAGAUAUAUGCUUCAGAUCCGCUUUGAACGUGCACCAUGAUCCUUCAAUUAUCUGCAGGGGCAUACAUGUAUAUGCUGCUUCAGCACCGGUGAUCAGAUCGACAAUCCAAACUUUAGAUUACCCCCUUUAACAUCCCACGAACAGUAGUUUCUUAUUUUUAUUUUUUGAACUAGAUCAUAUCGUUUGUGCCGUGCUUUCUGUAAUUGUCCAGUUUUGGCGUUUCUAAAGAAAAUUACAAAGAAGUCCACGUGGAAUUUAAUUUUGUUA